UCGCAAGAAGCUUCGCAUUUUGCAAUUUACAAUGACGUUUAAAUCUUCACCUUUCAGCGAAAUUAUAUAAUCUAAAUUUAAUUUUUCGAGAUAUAAUAAUAAAGUUUGCAAUUAUAUAUUAACAGUAACAACAUCGCUGUCACAACGUGACACAUGAAGUACAAAACGCUCAACGGUCAUUCUUCCAACUGUCAACUGCAAGACUGCACGUCGUCAGAUAAAUGGAACCUAACAAACUUUUGUUAGUUUUAUAUGUCACACGUCAUGAAAAAUAUGGUUAUAUUCCUCACAUGCAAUCGUUGAUUUACAAAUAAAUCCAGGAUAUUCUGGUUUCGAGAUUAUUGCAGUUGCGAUAUUGUCUCUAAUAAGUUGUGCUUCAAGUAUGAGUUUAAUUUGCCUGUUUUUGCUUAUUUUUUGAACUUUAAACUUAUAAUUUGUCAAAUUUCUAAUAUUUAGAAAGCUGCAGUUGAAAGUAUAGUACUUCAGAAUAAAAAAAAAAUAAAUUAUAUCAACGAGCGCGCGCACGCGCUUUUAUCCUAAUUGCACAACCAAUUGUUGAUUUUGGUGUGUAUUUGCUAUGGUAAUAUCAUAUUAUCGUUACGCUUCACGUAUAGAUAUUUUCACAACCGGAUGCACAGCGCAUUCAUUACCUCAAAUGCAACUCUAUUAGAAAGUUUAGAAAUACGACACAAAUAAACAAUUGUAUUAUACAUAUACAACAUAUACUGACAACUAAUGAUUUUGCUUCAUCUUGCGAAUCUUACCAGCUAUAAAAAUAGGAAGUUAUAAUAAUUGCUUAAACAAUUCAAAAUUUUCAUUCUUCCUCAAUAAUUUACUUGUAUAAUUUAGACUCUCUAUUGGUUCUCAAUCUUUGUUCUGCUAAAUUAAUAAAAUUUGUUAUUUAAUUAGGUAUAUGGACAGAUGAUCAAAACUGAGAGACAAGGCUAAGAAAAAAUUAAAUAAUGUUUUUAAAGAUUUUUUUUAAGAUCUCUUAUAAAAAUGUAAUACUGAACAAUAUUAAAUUGACCAGUUUGACAUAUAAUUUUAUUAAAUAAAUGAUUUCUGUAUAUUAAAUUACACAUGUUAUAAAAAUCUUUAAAUAAAAUAAAAGUAGGUAAAUUUUGUGUACAUAUUAUCAAGUAAAGUAAGAAUUUCCUUUAGAUCGCUUAUUAUUCUUAUCAGUAUUUCUAUUUUUUUAAAUUUAUGCCUUUAUAUGAAAUUAAUGAUCAUAAGCGAUAGUAAAUUUUGUCAAACUGAUCACGUUUACGAUAUUAUAUUACGAAAAUGGCGGGACCGAUAGGUUUGUGUUUUCUAUUUAAAUGUCACGCACGUGUUAGAUGUCAUGAGAUUGCAGUGUGAAUAUUCUUUUUAUGUGGUAUAUACACGUAUAAUGCUCGAAUGGUGGGGAACUUCGCGCGGGCACUACUAACGGGAAGAAGAAAGGAAUCAUGUUGCUUCGAGCAGAUAGAAAUCCUAAGCGACAGGAAUCGUGGAAGGUACCUCACUCGUCAAGCUGAGUUCCGCAGUGUAACGUGCAUGAUUUUAACGUCAAACCUGUGUGAUAUUUCGUCAUUAGAUUGCAAAAGACCAAUACCAACAUACUAUCGGAAUUAUUUUUCUCUUGCGCCAAAUCUUGCAAUCGUCGCUAGACAAGAAUAUCGAUUCAGUGGUUGUCUCAGAAAAUCAUGACGUUGUUACCGCCAACGCCAGCGCAACAGAAACGUAUAGAUAAAGAACUUUCAUCUGACCCGGAAAUGAGAAAACAAGAUAUCAGAGCGCUUCGAGAAUGGCUUUCAAAACAGCCGCACUUGCCGAAUCAUAUAGACGACGAUAAAUUGGGAAAAUUUCUUUUCAAUUGCAAGAACAGCAUCGAGAGAUGUAAAUUAAUUUUAGAAAGAUACUACACCGUCCGGACAACCUUACCAGAAUUUUUUGCCGUUCGUGACCCGCUAUCUAAAGAUAUUCAAGACUCCUUCAAUACAGCAUACUUCUUCCCUCUGCCAUCAUUAACCGAGGAAGGAUACCGCGCCACCAUUUUCCGAUUACGUGACACCGAUAUAGAGAAGUUCUCAUUUCAAGCGAUAACCAGACGUGCUCUAAUGCUACUCGAUAUUCGUUUAGAGGAGGAAGUCUGCUUGUCCAAUAUCAUGAUCAUAGAUUUAGAGGGACUUAGUAUGGCACAUUUUACAAAAUUUAUUCCAACACAAUCUAUAGUAAGGCGAGCAAUGUUGGCGGUACAAGAUAGUAUGCCUGGAAGAUUGGCUUCCAUUUACUUUUUUAACGCACCGCCAUUUGUUACUAAUUUAAUUAACAUGUUUUGUCCAUUUUUAAAAGAAAAAUUGAUUAAAAAGUUUUAUUUUUUUAACGGCGGCGGAGAAGAAUUACAUGCUUAUAUGAAUAAGGAUAUACUUCCUAAUGAAUGGGGUGGUAAAGCAGGCAAUUUACAAGAAUUAAAUGCUGCAUGGCAAAGAAGAAUUGAAAAGCAUAGAGAUUGGUUUCUACAGGAUGAAAAACUGAGUCGUACGAAGGAAAAUGCUCGUUUACCGGAAUUUAAAGCAUCCUGUCUCUUGACAGAAUUCGAAGGAAUUCAAGGUUCAUUUCGAAAAUUAAAUAUAGAUUAAUAAUAUUUUUAUAAUAAGAUUUAUAUUUUUUCUUACACUAGUAUAAAUAAAAGUUUUUGA